CUGCAAAUAUUGUAUCAUCGUGAGAGCGUGAGGGCUCGGUCGUGACGAGCCGUAACAUUCGUGACCUGUCUUGGACUCUUCGCUGCUCGUCGUCCUCGUCGUCCUCUUGCCUAGUGCAAGUACUCAUUUUCCUCCCCUUCUCCCCGGAUAAUGCGAUAUAGAUCCUACUUUUCCUCGUAAUUCUUUACUUUUCUCUAGACUUUGCCCUUCAAUGUCUCCAUCUCCCUCUGAAAAUUCGCCCUGGCCUACCCAGACUCCAGUCGAUGUUGGUUCUUCGCAUUCUCGCGCACCAAAACGACGUCGGAUACACGAGCUAAUGGCCUUGAAUGCUCGGCAGGUUGUUGACCAGGAUGCAGUCGAGGAAGCCGAAUACAAUUGCGAGGUCAACUCUGGCAACGAUGUCAUUUCGUGUUUUCCUACAGCAGAUUCCGUUUUUCCUCAGCAUCAAUGGGCUACCUUCGUCUGGAACUCUGGUCUACCCGAUUUCACUCAGACGAAUGAAGUCAAUGUCUAUCUUUUCCGCGCAGACUCGAGAGAGCAGCUGCUCUUCUUUCCCAAUCAAACCAACCCCAGAAAUCAAGCUGGUUCCCUCACUGCUCAAGUGAACGACACAUGGCUUGGUACUGGGGGCGCAGAUUGGAGUGGCUCAAAUCUAACAUAUACCUUUUACUGGGUCGUUACGCGAAACGACAAAGAGUUGGAUGGCUCGGAACUAACUCAGACCCACUUUACUGCAGUUCAAACGACAUUCGCCGACUCUGUCCUUUCGGCAAUGUCAUCGACAUCCUCCGCAUCAUCAUCAUCAACAACAACUUCGUCAACGAGCUCGUCAUCCUCAUACACCAGUACAGGAACAACGUCAUCUGCAGCUGAGUCUGGUACUGGGAGCAAUGGCAGUGGCAGUGUUCAGUCUGGUGGAAGCAACUCCAGCUUCCCACACUGGGCCAUCGCCGUCAUAGUUGUUCUCGGCUUCCUUGCCAUUGCCACAUCAUGCAUACUCGCAUUUUUCAUCCUCCGACGGAUACGCCGGCGUAACGCCGAACUCGAAUCCAACCGAAACUCUAUGGGCUCUUCAUCACCGAUGAUGGCGCAUGUAGUGGGAAAUUCUCCUGGUUCGCCGCUCCUGGCCGCCGGUGCGGGCGAACCUCAGAGUUCUGUCGGGCACGGGCAACGUGCUCCGAGCAUAGUGUCACCCGAUGGGGCGUCAACGGUGUCAGGGAGCGCAGGCGAUGCAGGUCCGUUUUCCGGCGCAGACGCAGCAAUAAUGGCGGAUGCUUUCAGGAAAGCGCUGCGGAAGCCUGACUUCAUGGGCCAGGCUGUAGAAGAGGGGGACAGUCCUGGUAAUGACAGGCGGGGCGAGCUGCUGAAUAGGGAACUAGCCGAUGAGGGACGCGAUAUACGGAGCGUAAGCUCGUCAAGAGGUGUGCGGGUAGAAACGAUGAGUGACAGUGGCGACACCGUGCAGGACAAUCCACACUGACGGCACGGAACCGUUCUUUACUGUCGUACUUUCUUGCAUCUCAUCGCCUUCAUAUUCGCAUCUUUCCCCUCCGUUAGUACCCAAAUUCCUGACUUUAUUAUCAUAUAUUCUCACCCCUCAACAUCAACAAUGUUCCCCCCCCCCCUCCCGCACACCCUUCAUAUCCAAUCCCGGCACCUCUUGGUCCUUCAUUAGUUACUCUUU